AUGUGGCGUGAGCCUUCUAAAUCGGAAGCACCUAAGACUGCUUUGGAAAAGGACCCAUCUGCUGCCGCACGCUCGUCGAUUCGCCGAGGCCCGUCGCGGCUCAGCUCCCGCGUGCGCCGGGCCGAUGUGUUGUCUUCGUAUCAGUCACAGCUCAUUGAUGAGCUCCGACGUAAUGCCGCAGACACUAGACGCCUAGAGCUCCGAGUAAAUGCCGCGGACACCAGACGCGUGCCGCGCUUCUCUUUCAUACCGCCGAGCGGGGCUAUUGAAAAUGCGGUAGCUCUGGAACAGGCCGAACGUGAGGCCCUCAGCUGGGCUCAGUCGCGUGCCGCGAGUGCACCCCGACAGACACAGACAGAGACAGAGACAGACCGACAGAGAGAGGCAGUCAACCGGCGAUACAGGACUAAUCGUGAUCAACCCUUUACCGACAUCCUCGGUCGCAUGAGCGAUCAGUACCGAAAUACCCAUGCUAGCCCUUCAUUGACUCCUAACUUCGCUCCCGCCCUCGCAUACCACACCAGCACUUCUUCAAACUCUUCAGACAGCGCCGUCCGUCUCCCUCCUAUGCGUGACAGAUACAACACGGAUCUACCCUCAAAUACCCCAUCUUCACUAGAUAUACCUGAACACCAGUCUCGCAAUACACAAACUCGACCAACCCGAGACCCCAUCAUAGACGGGCUUGGGGAUCGCCAGCGCAGUCCCAGCCCGGACGGAGAGCGGGAAACCGAUGCGUGGGAGACUUUACUCUCAACAAUUACACCCGAUGCGACUCUUCCGUCGACUGAUACUUCUUUCAACUCGACUUCAGCCGCUACUCCAGAUAUUUCGCGCAAUCCCCGUCCUCGGAGCUCUGUUAACUUGAGGCAACCGAUAGUAGCACAAGUUGCGCGUGGUCUUUUUAGACUUGACCCCGAUGAACAUCUCCUCAACCCUUGUGACUUCUCUUCCUCCGACGAUGAUGACCAGGAAUAUAUGGAACGAGCAGUUAUGCGUUAUGCCAGUCAGAAUUCGACUAUGAGCAACCAUCCUCCCAUUCGUACCCCUACAAUCAUUCCUGCAAGCAUUCUCGCUCUCUCUGACGGGCAAAACCAAGGUCGUCUCUCCCACUCCGACCGUCACCACCAAAAUGAUGAUCUUCACCAUAUGCAGGUUAUCCUGGAUCGUCUUGCCCGCCGUGAGGAUAUUCCCGUUGACUGGUGGGCCGCGGCUGGCCUUGCACGCACUCUCGACCGUGGUCUCAAUGCGAGCACGAGCAUGGACUCCACCGACACCGAGGGCGCUUCUGGAACCAACCGCGACAGUUGA